UUUUCCCUCCUACCCAACCCUUUGCCUGCAUUCCCUGUUUGGUACAGUGCCACGUAAGCAGUGCCACGUAAGCAACAGUGCCAUGUCAGCAGUGCCACAUCAGAAACAGUGCCACAUCAGCAGUGCCACGUCAGCACGUCAGCAGUACCCCGCCACCAUGACGGUCUCAGUUCUGGGCAUGCCAGGCCAACUGGCCAAUGAGUCCAUUGCCGAGUACCGACAGCGGUUCCAGGCUCAGCUCGCACUGAUCGAGGCUGAGGAACAACGUCAGGCGGCAGCAGCUGAAAAGCAGCGACUUCAGGCCGAAGCAGACGGAGAUACCCAGGCAUGUGGCAAGGAGGCCCAGGAUCUGCUACAGCGGCACGAAGCUGCCAACAUCGAAAAGCUCAAGUUCUGGCAUUUUGAACCAUCCGAGCACCACGAAGACGCGACACCGGAAGAGCAGCACAAGGAGUUUAUUGCCAAACUCGUGACCCGGUUGGUUUACACUUGUAACCACCUGCAGUCUGAGCUGGUGAAUCUCCGACGGGCAGUGUUGAACCACAAGGAUCUGCACGAGGAUGCUACACGGGCACUUGAUUCCCGUGUACAGGACUUGGAGCAAGUUGCACCAAGACAAGAUGCUGGCGACAUGUCACUGCAGUCCAACCGGACAACAUUGUGGAAGACCCGACAGCCACCCAAGCAUCACAUGAGGGAGAUUAGGUGGCCAGCCGCGAAGCAACAACAACUCCUGAGGAAAAGGGAAGGCGAAAACCGCAUCGCCGGCUGGAAAUGGACAGCCAGCACCAUGGGUCAAGUUUCACUUGACCGAGGCCGAAUACAAGUGGCGCGGCCGGUAUGGCUGCUACUAUUGGUGCAGCAGCACCAAGCACAAGACCUCCCUAUGCCCAGAUCAAGGCAAGGAGGAUGUUCGGCCUCGCAUCAACUCGGGAAACUGAGUUGCGCGGGAGGUGAGGCGACUCCACCUCUCACUCUGCCAGAUUCGAUCGCUUUGCUAGCGGCCUCCUACACAUCUGGGGAGGAUGCGAAUGUCGCAAGUCCUCGGUUCACUUACGAGGAUUAUGCUGUCCGCUUGGUCCCACCGUUGGACCAACCACUCCACGUGCAACAAUCCACCGCAUGCACGGUUUCACCACCAUCGACGACCGAUUCGAUAGCUUCGCCGCCAUCUAUCGUCGGGGAUUCGACGUCAUGGUCGAGACUUGAAGAGCUCGACCCGUUGACAUUUGUGGACUUACAAUGGAUGGCCCUUCCCUCGUCCGGUCGAUUGCCGAAACCGCAUUGCAACGUGCUCAUGGCACAAUUGCGGGAUUACUUGCACACUGCAGUACCAACUUCGUUGAUGGACAUCAGAGUAGAGCUUGUCGACCUUCACGACUACGUUGCGAAGAUCGACCGCGAGUUCAAGACACAACGGUACGACGACAUCGACGCGCCAUUGUUAUACAUACGCAUUCAGAUCGGAGAGGCGACCUGCAGCGCUUUGAUCAAUUGCGGAGCUACUCGCAACUACAUGAGCCAAGAUUUUAUGGUACGCGCUGGCCUUGGGCCACGCGUGCGGUGGAAGUCGCAGCCCACGUAAGUCACGUUGGCCGACGGUCACACACACAAGUCAAUCGACCGGUGCAUUGAUGUCGUCCCUGUGUACUUUGCCCCGCAUGCAAGCGAGGCCGU